AUGACUGUAGACAGAGAUGUAGGUGGGACACCACUGGGCUCAGUGGAGAGGUGUCUAGGAGACAGCCUGGUCCUGCUGGUCCAGCAGACUGUCGGUAAAGAGACCAUCUGGCUGCUCCCUCAGGCCCAGUGGGAGGCAGGGGAGACUCUCCGACAGACAGCAGAGAGAGGCCUCAGCAGCCUGCCAGAGGCUGAUUUCAAGGCUACGUUCCUUGGCAAACCCUGUGGAGUGUACAGGUACACAUUCCCCAAAGAGGUCCGGACAGAGCGCUGCGUGGGAGCCAAGGUCUUC